AUGAACCUCGUCUUGGCGCUGCUGCUUCUGCUAAGCAAUGUCUCGUCUGAAGAUUUAUCAAAUGUGACAUCUACAGUGAAGGUCCAGUUUACAUCCCGGGUAGUAGAGAACGAGUACAUAGUGGUCUUCAAGGGCUACUACAAGCCAAGCACCCGGCAGAGUUACAUCAGCGCAGCGCUGACCAAUUCCGGAGUCGCGGAUUGGAGAAUUCUGAAGCGUGAAAAUGCGGCCAGCGAGCAUCCAAGUGACUUUGAUGUAGUCUUGUUGAAGGAGACCCAGAAGUAUACAGGUCUGGACGCGCUGACGGAGCAUCCUCUGGUUAAGCGAGUUACUCCGCAGCGGCUGGUCUACCGCACGCUGAAUUAUGUUAACUCUACUGAGGAUGGUGAGAAAGUGUUUCGCAGGAAGAUGAAAAAUUUGAACGAGUCCUGGGCGAACCGACACACUAACCGGCGGCUUCUUCGGGCGAUUCCUAAGCAGAUUACUUCUGUUUUGCAGGUGGACGCGCUGUGGAAGCUGCGAGUAACUGGCCAGAACGUAAAAGUAGCAGUGUUCGACACAGGUCUAGCAGCGAGCCACCCUCACCUGAAGAACAUCAAAGAAAGAACGAACUGGACCAACGAAAAGUCCUUGAGCGACACCCUGGGGCAUGGAACCUUCGUAGCAGGUGUCAUCGCUUCAUCGUCAAAAGAAUGCUUGGGCCUAGCGCCAGACGCAGAGCUCCACAUCUUCCGAGUGUUCACCAACGAACAAGUGUCCUACACCUCCUGGUUUCUGGACGCGUUCAACUACGCGAUUUUGUCCAAGAUCACGGUGCUGAACCUCUCCAUCGGAGGUCCAGAUUUUAUGGACCACCCCUUCGUGGACAAGGUCUGGGAGCUGACGGCGAACGGAGUGAUCAUGGUCUCCGCAACGGGGAACGACGGUCCGCUUUACGGGACCCACAACAACCCCGCGGACCAGAUGGACGUCAUCGGAGUCGGCGGGAUCAACUGGGCUGAUAAAAUUGCUAGUUUCUCUUCUAGAGGAAUGACCACCUGGGAGCUGCCUAAUGGGUAUGGAAGAGUCAAGCCCGACCUGGUGACCUACGGAUCGGGAGUUCGCGGGUCUGCUUUGAAGACCGGCUGCCAAUCUUUGUCUGGGACUUCCGUUGCAAGCCCCGUAGUCGCCGGGGCAGUUGCUCUUUUAGCUAGCGGGUUCGUUGGCGACCUCACUCAAAAAACAAGGAUCACUCCCGCAAGCAUGAAGCAGGCACUACUAAGUUCAGCCCGAAGACUACCUGGGGUCGGAAUGUUCGAGCAGGGUGCAGGAAAAUUGGAUCUCCUCCGGGCGUUCUAUUUCCUGCGGCACUACAUUCCGCAGGUGACACUGAGCCCAAGCUACGUGGACCUAACUGAGUGCAUGUACAUGUGGCCGUACUGCACCCAGGCGAUUUACUACUCGGGGAUGCCAACUGUGGUGAACGUGACGAUCAUCAACGGGCUGGGUGUCUCAGGUCACGUCGCAAAUGUCACCUGGCACCCGUACCUCGGAGAAGGCUACGGAGAGAAGGUCGACGUUGCCCUGACCUUCAGUGACGUCCUGUGGCCCUGGUCCGGGUGGUUGGCUGUUGCGUUGACUGUUCCCAAAGCUGCUGCUGGCUGGCAGGGUGUCGCUCAUGGACAUAUCAGUCUCACGGUGGAGUCGCCGUCUCAGGAUGACCAAGACACUGAGGCUGUCAGGUCGACUAUCAACCUUCCGCUCAAGGUUAAGGUCAUUCCGACUCCUCCCAGGCACAAAAGACUCCUCUGGGACCAGUUUCACAACUUGAGGUAUCCCCCUGGGUACUUUCCCAGGGAUGAUCUUCUGGCGAAGAAUGAUCCUCUUGAUUGGAAUGGCGAUCAUAUUCAUACUAAUUUUAAGGAGAUUUCUAAAUAA